AUGAGCCAGCAGGAUGCGGCUGAGGUCCUCGCACUCUCCGAGCGCCUCCUCAUAGCUUCACACAAGGGACAAGCCGACAAUGUGGUCCAGCUCAUCAACAAGGGCGCUAAAGUAGCCGUCACCAAGUAUGGCAGAAGCCCCCUGCACUUGGCAGCCUACAAAGGCCACAUUGAGGUUGUGCGUAUCCUGCUCAAAGCUGGCUGCGACCUGGACAUCCAAGACGACGGGGAGCAGACGGCGUUACACCGGGCUGCAGUGGUGGGAAACAGUGACGUUAUCGGCGCUCUCAUCCAGGAAGGAUGUGCACUGGACAGACAGGAUAAGGAUGGCAACACUGCUCUCCAUGAAGUGUCCUGGCAUGGCUUCAGUCAGUCUGUCAAACUGCUGGUGAAGGCUGGAGCCAACGCCCACGCUAAAAACAAGGCAGGAAACACAGCUCUCCACCUUGCAUGUCAGAACGGUCAUGCUCAGAGCUCCAAGGUUCUUCUCCUGGGAGGCUCCAGGCCCGACAGCAAGAACCAUGCAGGGGAUUCAUGUCUCCAUGUGGCGGCCCGCUACAACCACGUGGCCAUGAUCCGCAUCCUGCUGGGAGCCUUUUGCUCUGUGUCAGAGAAGAACCUGGCUGGGGACACACCACUACACGUGGCAGCUGCUCUGAAUCACAAGAAGACAGUACGUUUGCUGCUGGAGGCGGGAGCUGACAGCCGCAUCUGCAACAAUGCAGGUCACACAGCUUUGGACCAAGCCAGAGAACACAACAACCCAGACGUCGCUCUUCUUCUCACCAAAGCUCCACAGGUGCAGAGCUAUGCACGUGGCAGGAGCGUGAGGAAGAGGAGAGACAAGCUAAAGGCGGAGGGCAGAGCUCAGUCUGUGCCCAGAGAUGAGAUGCUGCCCUGUAAGGACAGUGCAUCUGCUGCAGAUGACACGCAGAGCAGUGACAGAGUGGCCUGCAAACACGCUGAGGUGACAGAGUCAAACACCAGGAAAGGAAAGAACAGGAAGCAGAAAGAAAAGCCAUCUCUGUCUGACCCGCUCCGCCGCAGAGAAACCAAGCACAGCGAAGCCUUGCACAGGAGGAAAGGCAAACUGAGAGGAGUGUCACCUCAUGCACCCAUCCCUCCACACAACUAUAAAGCCUAUCAGCUCUACACACUGUACAGAGGCAAGGAUGGUAAAAUCAUGCAGGCUCCUCUGAACGGCUGCCGCUGCGAGCCUCUCAUCAAUAAACUGGAGAACCAGCUGGAGGCCACUAAGGAGGAGAUGAAGACUGAGAUCCACACCGUGCAGGACCUGAUGAACAGCAAGAUGGGCCAGCUGGACCGCAAGAACAAACACCAGAUCCGGGCUCUUGAUAAGAUGACAGUGGAGAGAGUGUCAGCAGAGAGGAGCGAGUGUGUGCAGAGGAUCGAGCAGAAGGCCCUGCAGGAGAGGCUGGAGGCAGAGAAGAGACAGGCGUCCCUGGUCAGCGAGCUGAAGAACUGGUGUCUGUCCAAGCUGCAGAACAUGGAGGGUCGCAUCACAGGAGAGCCGGGCAGCACCAAGCUGCAGCGCUGCUCGUCAGCAGCAGAGGGCCUGAACGACGCAGAGGGAGGCGGCCUCACCGUGCUGCCCGCCACACACACAGGCAGCGCAGAGUGCCUGGAGCUCCACAGCAGCCCCGCUCUCCUGCACUCCAGCAGGGCAGAGACCAGCGUGGCAGAGGGCGGCUCAGCCAAUCACUACUUUGUGGUUCAUGUAGAGAGCUCUCCAGAUGGUGAUAAGGCUCAUAAUGCAGACAUCACCUCUCCUGCAGCAGCCAGGAGCCCUCUCACAUCUACCCAGGUGGUUCGCCCAAAGGAGCGCUCAAAGCCUCAGGACCAGCAGGACGCGGAGGUGACGGGGUGCGGGGCGAGCGGGGGCGGGACGCACAGAGCCAGCAGCCUAUCUCCUGCCACAGAGCGACGCUGCAGCAGCAGGACCGACAGCAGGAUGAGAGAGAGGGAGCGAGGCCGGGACAGAGGGAAGCACCACAAGAAGCAUUCUCUGGGCAGGACUAAGUCCAGAGGGAACACUGAGGGGGUCAAAACCCUGGAGGUCUUCGGAGACCAAUCGAACGAGCCCUCCUUCGCUCAGGAGAGGGACAACAUGCACGCUCUGGAGGUGACGCAGUACUUCUUUGAGGCGGUGUCGACGCAGAUGGAGCGCUGGUAUGAGAGGAAGGUGCAGGAGGCUCGCUGGCAGGCCGAUCAGAGGGCUCAGGCUGACAAAGCGGCGCUCAUAGAGAGGAUCACAUACCUGGAGGACGAACUGCGCAUGAUGAGGACUAACAGACACGACGACUGCUGACACACACCUCACCUGUCUCCACCCGGCUGCUUCACACACAGGCUACACUUCACUCUUAUCAACUGCCAUUUAAACACACUGUACAGAACUGAUGAGUCACUGUGUUAUAUCUAGG